AUGGCUUUUGCUAAUCGAAUCCGAUCGAGCCUUCCUCUCGUAACCAAGAUUCUCAAAUCGGAUUCGCUUUCCGCCGCCCACGGGUCCAGUGCCCAGCGGUCUGUACUUUGCCCUACUUUCACCAAUUCUGAGUUGUCAAAGAAUUUUUCUACCGCACCUGGGAAGAAGGAAGUGAAGGUUAAGGUGCCUCUAGUGUUGUUUGGGGGUUCUGGGAACUAUGCCUCUGCUUUGUACAUUGCUGCAGUAAAAGCUAAUGCCUUGGAGAAGGUUGAGUCUGAGAUUCUUGACAUUGUUGAGUCUACGAAGAGAAGUCCUACGUUUUCUCAGUUCACAAAGGAUUUGUCAGUGCCAGCAGAUACUAGAGUGAAGGCAAUCAAUGAAAUUUCUGCUCAAGCUAAAUUUUCAGAUGUUACAAAGAACUUUUUGGUUAUCUUGUCUCAGAAUGGGAGGCUAAAGAACCUUGAAACCAUAGCAAAGAGAUUUGUGGAGUUGACCAUGGCACAUAAGGGAGAAGUGAAAGCUAUUGUUACAUCUGUCAUUCCCCUUCCCGCUGUGGAGGAGAAAGAAUUGAAGGAGACACUGCAGGAAUUAAUUGGACAGGGAAAGAAGGUCAUACUUGAGCAGAAGAUUGAUCCUAGUAUUCUGGGUGGGCUUGUGGUAGAGUUUGAUAAGAAGGUGUUUGACAUGUCCAUUAAGACUAGGGCACGCCAGAUGGAGAGGUAUUUGCGGGAACCCGCAAACUUGGACAGCCUCUAA